GGAAAACAAAGGGCUUGGCAAUGUUGGUAUCUCACACUGUUCCAUUAGUCGCACUAUAUUCUAUUCACGACAAGCCAUUUGCUUAUAUAUAUAUACACCCAUGACCUUCCUUCACAAGCACUCAUUUUCACAUACCUUUCUCUAUCUCUGGUUGUUGCAGAGGUCUUUUGGUUGUUCUACUUCUCUCUUAGGACCUAGCAAUGGCAAGACAAUUGAGCAUUGUGAUUUUCUAUCUUGUCACGAUAGCACUUCUUUUGCCAGUAGAGAACCAUGCCACAGUCACAGAGUCUCCAACUCCACAGCCACAACCAACAACCAACAUUCCAACGUACGGUAUCACUCCAGGCAGUCUUCAACCUCAAGAGUGCGCACCGCGCUGCACGGUGAGAUGCUCAAAGACAGCUUACAAGAAGCCAUGCAUGUUCUUCUGCCAAAAGUGUUGUGCAAAGUGCCUGUGUGUGCCUCCAGGAACUUACGGAAACAAGCAAUUCUGCCCAUGCUACAAUAACUGGAAGACUAAGAGAGGAGGACCCAAGUGCCCUUGAAUUUCUUAUACACUGCUUAAGUCUGCCAGCUUGGCCGUCUACAUUCAUUAUUCUCAGCUUGUGCUAUGUAUUUGUACUUUUUUGGUAUUACUAAAGCUUUGUUAUUUGAUUAAAA